AUGACUUGGCUUCUCGUUAUCUCGGCACUCCUCAGCGGUUGCGCGGCAGAGAUUUUCAAGCCGGACAACCAUACCACAUAUCUCAACACUCGCGUCCCGUCGCUGUACAACCUGACCUUGGACCAAAUCAGCGGCUCCUACUGGACCAGUGCUUUCCUCACCACAACCACUGGCACCCAGUACCUCGCCCUCGCCCACAUCCUGGGCCCGAUCUGCAAAUCCUCCCUCCUCGCCCUGGACACCCUCGAGUACUGGAACAACUUGGAAUACGCGAACCCUCCCAACUCCUCCCUUCCCACUACAGGCUUCCACAUCUCGUCCGGAAACUGCGCUCUGGGAUCAACGUCGGCGGAUAUGAUCACGAGCAUGUACACCUCCGGCUCGACCUCCGAAUACGCCUACAACCUGACCUGGGAGAGCACGUCAAAGGUCAUCUUGAACGGCGGCGGCGCGGCCUUCACCUUCGGCCCCGGCUUCGCUAACUCGACUGAGUGGUCCAUCCCGGCCAGCACCGCGUCCGGGACAGUCACUCUGGGCGAGGAGACGCACGCCGUCGACCCGAGCCGGUCAAUGCUCUGGUACGACCAUCAAAAGGGCGCCGGGGCCCCCCAGAAAUGGACCUGGUUUCAGCUGCACUUCCCCAACUCCUCGACCAAGGCAAGCAUCUGGGCCUACGACUUUGGCAGCCCGUCGUUCGAGUCGUACCAGUUCGCGACUGUCCGCGUCGGCGAGGAGUCGCAGUACGUCCUGCCCUUCGACAUGGAAGCCGGCGGCGGCUGCGGCUCGUGGACCUCUCCGAGAUCCAACAUCACCUACCCCCAGAGCUGGAGACUCAGCUUCGAGAAUGGGGAUGUGCUCGACAUCGAGUCGGUGCGGAAGGACCAGGAGAUCUACGGUGCCAAGGCUGUGAGCGACACCGUUUACGCGGGUUAUGUCAACGUCUCUGGGAAGUUUCUAGGGCUGGAAUCGGGGUUCGGGGUCGUGGAGAUGAUCCAGCUGUUCUGA